AUGCCUAGUGUUGCUUCCUUGGAUAAUUUCUCCAGCAGAAAUUUAUUCCCUAUCCCUAGUGGUAUAUGGGGCUGGAAUGCUAGUUGCAUCGCAACUGAAAACGACCGGACCCUUUUUCUAACGUUUUCUCGUGGAAUCCCAGUAUCCGAAGCGGAAGUGAGGCUGGUAUUCACAGAAAAAUAUGGAGAAAACUGUGUUAAGGGCGUUCACAUACCUAAGUACGGUGGAAACUUACCCAAUGAGAACUUGAAUAGUAAUCAGGAUGUUCAACAACAAUCACUAUAUGCGAGGCUGGUCUUGGAUUCAGUCGUUACUGUAGAUCGUAUACUUAUGGGCGAGAGUAAACAAAAGUUUUACAUCGACGGGAAGCCUAUUUGGGCUCAGUAUGAAGCUUUAGUCUCUUAUUCUCUUGGGAUAUUCACUAUAGGAGGAUUCCCUCGUCUUGUCUCUAUCAAAAAGCUCUAA